GACUUGCUGAGAACACUGGUUAAAUAUAGCACGAGCGAGCUCAGCUCCACAAAGUCAUUGCUCUUAACAGCAUGCAAGGAGACCAGGAGAGGGGAAACACAAUCGCAGAACCUCACUGCCAAAGCUAAGCACCACAGAGCAACAGUUGUGGGUGGGGGCAAAACAAAGAGGAAAAAGUAUUUCAAACAAAAGCCUGGGUGAGACAUCAGAGACCGUUGUGCCUCUUGUUUCUUCUGACUGGUAUAUCUCUGUACAGGAACUACGUUCCUCUUCUACUGCUCUCUUCCCUAUUUCCUGCAUUACUUUAUCACUGGUACAUCUAGAAAGAAAGAAAGCAAACAAGAAAAAGCUUCUGUCUGUGUGUUCUUCUGGGCCUGGUGGAUACUCCCAGUCUUGGUCAUGCAAGAUCAAUUUCUGAAGUCUUCCAAGAGCACAGUGUCUUUGUGAAGGCACACACCUAGCUCCUUUCUUACAGCUGGCAGGUCAAGAUGAGAUCCCGAAAUCAAGGUGGAGAAAGCUCAUCCAAUGAGCAUUUCUCGAAGUCAAAGCCCAUUAACAACACCACAGAAAAUCAAAACUUUCAGGAAGAUGCAAAGGGAAAGAACAAAUCAAAUCGGAAAGAAGAUGAGGCCCCCGGCUCUGGAACUAUCAAGCAGCCCAGCAAAUUGUUUGGUCCUAAUGAGAAGAAAAGCAAGAAAUCAAUAGAGCUUUCUAAAGAGGACCUUAUCCGACUCCUCAGUAUAAUGGAAGGAGAACUACAGGCUAGAGAAGAUGUGAUCCAUAUACUGAAGACAGAGAAAACCAAGCCAGAAGUCCUGGAGGCGCACUAUGGAUUUGCAGCUCCAGGGAGUGUCCUACGAAUAUUGCACAGGGAUGCUCUCCUUGCCCAAGAGAAAUCCGUUGGAGAAGAUGUUUAUGAGAAGCCAAUUUCAGAGCUGGACAGAGUAGAAGAAAAACAGAAAGAAACAUACCGGCGCAUGCUCGAGCAGCUCCUCUUGGCAGAGAAGUGCCAUCGGCGCACAGUUUAUGAGCUGGAAAACGAGAAGCAUAAACAUACAGAUUACAUGAACAAGAGUGAUGACUUUACCAACCUCUUGGAGCAAGAACGGGAAAGAUUAAAGAAGCUUCUUGAACAGGAAAAGAUCUACCAAGCCCGCAAGGAUAAAGAACAUGCCAAAAGGCUCAACAAACUAAGAGAAGAAUUAGUCAAGCUCAAGUCAUUUGCACUCAUGCUGGUGGAUGAGAGGCAGAUGCACAUAGAGCAGCUUGAUCAGCAAACCCAGAAAAUACAAGAUCUAACUCAGAAAUUAAGGGAAGAAGAAGAAAAGCUUAAAACUGUAGGUUCAAAAGCGAAAGAGGAUGGGCAGAGACUCAUGAAGUUAGAGGCAGAUCUUGAACACAAGACAUCUUCGUUUUCCCAAGAGCAUGAGGAGAUGACUGCUAAACUGGUUAGUCAAGAAUCACACAAUAAACAGCUCAGGCUUAAAUUGGUUGGUUUAACCCGUAGGAUUGAGGAGCUGGAAGAAACCAACAAAAGUCUUCAGAAGACUGAAGAGGAACUUCAGGAACUGAGAGACAAAAUAGCCAAAGGGGAAUGUGGGAACUCCAGCUUGAUGGCUGAGGUGGAAAACCUCCGCAAGCGUGUGCUUGAAAUGGAAGGCAAAGAUGAAGAGAUCACAAAGACCGAAUCUCAGUGUAAAGAGCUUAAAAAGAAACUGCAAGAGGAGGAGCACCAUAGCAAGGAACUGAAGCUGGAAGUGGAGAAGCUGCAGAAGAGAAUGUCGGAACUAGAGAGGCUGGAGGAGGCUUUCAACAAAAGCAAAUCCGAAUGCACCCAGCUGCGAUUGAACCUGGAGAAAGAAAAGAGCUUAACCAAAGACCUGAUCAAUGAGUUGGAAGUGGUGAAGACCCGAGUCAAGGAUCUUGAGUCUUCAGAAAGUAAGUUGGAAAAGGCUGAAUUAAUCUUAAAAGAUGACCUCACAAAGCUGAAGUCCUUCACUGUCAUGCUGGUGGAUGAAAGAAAAAACAUGGUGGAGAAGAUAAAGCAGGAAGAGAGGAAAGUUGAAAGCUUGAAUAAGAACUUUAAGGUGGAGCAAGGCAAAGUUAUGGAAGUGACUGAAAAACUAAUAGAUGAAAGCAAAAAGCUUUUGAAGUUGAAAUCUGAAAUGGAGGAAAAAGUGUCCAGUUUGACAAAGGAAAGGGAUGAGUUAAUUGGCAAGCUGAAGAGCGAAGAGGAAAAAUCUUCUGAGCUGAGCAGUACAGUGGAACUGUUAAAGAAAAGAAUUGAUGGCAUAGAGGAGGUAGAAAGAGAAAUAGCCAGAGGUCGUGUUAAAAAGGGACCAGGGCUUUCCGGGCAAGAGGAUAAUAAGAUUAAAGAACUAACUAUUGAAAUUGAAAGGCUGAAAAAGCGUCUCAAGCAACUAGAAGUGGUUGAAGGAGACUUGAUGAAGACUGAGGAUGAAUAUGAUCAGCUGGAGCAAAAAUUUAGGACUGAGCAGGACAAAGCUAACUUCCUUUCUCAGCAGCUGGAAGAAAUGAAGCUCCAGAUUGCUAAAAACAAAGCCAUAGAGAAAGGAGAGGCAGUGAGUCAGGAGGCAGAAUUGAGGCAAAGGUUUCGGCUGGAAGAAGCUAAAAGCAGAGACUUGAAAGCAGAAGUGCAGGCGCUCAAAGAGAAGAUUCAUGAGCUGAUGAACAAAGAGGACCAGCUUUCUCAGCUCCAAGUGGAUUACUCAGUCCUUCAGCAAAGGUUUCUGGAAGAAGAAAAUAAAAACAAGGCCAUGGGGCAGGAGGUGCUGAAUAUAACAAAAGAGCUUGAGCUGUCUAAACGCUACAGUCGGGCCCUGAGACCCAGCAUGAAUGGUAGAAGAAUGGUGGACGUACCUGUUACAUCCACUGGAGUACAGACGGAUACAAUAAGUAGCGAAACAGCAGAAGAAGAAACACCCGCUGUCUUCAUAAGAAAAUCCUUCCAGGAGGAGAACCACAUCAUGAGCAAUCUGCGACAGGUUGGGCUUAAAAAGCCCACCGAGAGGUCAUCUGUGCUUGACAGAUACCCUCCUGCAGCGAAUGACCUUACAAUGAGGAAAUCUUGGAUUCCGUGGAUGAAAAAGAGAGAAAAUGUUUCCCAGGCAACUCAAGACAAAGGAGCCAGAAUACAAACUAGUCCAGAACGUCCUGGAGAGGUUGUCCUUUCUCCAAAGCAGGGGCAGCCUCUUCAUAUUCGGGUAACUCCAGACCAUGAGAAUAGUACAGCUACUUUGGAGAUUACUAGUCCUACAGCUGAAGAUUUCUUCUCAAGUACCACUGUCAUCCCCACCUUGGGAAAUCAGAAACCACGGAUUACCAUCAUUCCCUCUCCUAAUAUCAUGUCCCCCAAAGGAAAAGUUGGUGAGAGCCCAGUGGGCCCAGAGCGAGCAAUGUCACCGGUGACUAUAACUACAUUCUCCAGAGAGAAAUCUUCGGAGACCCCGAAGUCUCCAUUCAUGGAAAGGCCCGUGUCCCCGAUUCAGAUAAUGACCGUGUCUACCUCUGCAGCGCCAGCAGAAAUUACUGUGUCCCCAGAAUCACAAGACAUGACCAUGGGAAGGGCUGUGUUUAGAGUGACGCCGGAAAAACAAACUGUCCCAACUCCAGUCCGGAAGUACAACGCCAAUACAAACAUUAUAACAACAGAGGACAACAAAAUUCAUAUCCACUUAGGUUCUCAGUUCAAGCGCUCUCCUAGCGCAGCUCAAGAGGGAGCAAGCCCUGUGAUUACUGUUAGACCUAUGAAUGUAGCAGCAGAUAAGGAGGUAAUGACCGGGACUGUCCUUCGUUCCCCAAGGAAUAAUGUAUCUUCAAGGCCUGGAGCAAGUAAAGUUACCAGUACCAUCACUAUUACUCCAGUUACCACGUCAUCCACACGGGGAACACAAUCCAUGACAGGACAGGAUGGGUCAUCCCAGAGACCUACACCCACUCGAAUCCCUGUGUCUAAAGGUAUGAAAGCCGGGAAGCCAGUAGUGACAGCCCCAGGAUCAGGAAAUCAGACCAAAUUCGAGCCUCGUGCCGAGACUCAGUCUAUGAAAAUAGAACUGAAGAAGUCUUCAGCCAGUAGCUCUACCUCCCUUGCUGGGGGGAAGGGCUGAGGGCAAUGGCUAAGGGGGUAUGUUGUGUAGGUUUUACUGCUAUCAUGGAAAUAAGCCCCCCUGUCUGUUUAGUUAUUAAUGUUUGCACAUACUAAUGAAGUUUGCUGAAGCUGUCACCUCCACUAAAACAUGCAUGCUUUUACCUAUUGAAUGCAAU